AUGGACGAAGAUGAAGAGUACGAGGGAGGCGGAGAAGAAGCAGAACCGGAGAUGAUCGAUAACAACGAAGGAGGGAACGAGGAGGAUGAAGGGAUGGAUGUGGACGGGGACAACAUCAUCGCCUCCGGGGAUCGAUCAUCAUCGUUGGGUGCGCGAGAAGGAGGAGGGAAAAGAGGGAAAGCGGUCCCGAAAGACCAACGAACGACGACACCGUACAUGACGAAAUACGAACGCGCGAGAAUUUUAGGCACGAGGGCGCUGCAAAUAAGCAUGAACGCGCCGGUUUUAGUGCAAUUGGAAGGCGAGACGGACCCACUGGACAUUGCGAAUAAGGAAUUGAGGGAGAAACGAGUGCCGUUUACGGUGAGAAGGUUCAUGCCGGACGGGAGUUGGGAAGAUUGGGGAGUGGACGAGUUAAUCGUGGAAGAUCCAGAUAGGAGAAGAGGGUUGUGA